UCUAUGCGCCUGUUCUCGUGGAACAUCAACGGGAUCGCGCCGUAUCUGCCCACCCAGUCCACCAAGAUCACCUCCUUCUUCCAGCCAUCCGACCCCGACCGACCACCAGCCAACCCUCCCUCCCAGAAAGCCAACCUCCGAGCCUUCCUAGCGCGCCACAACUGGCCCGAGGUGCUCUUCCUGCAGGAACUCAAGCUCCGGCAGGACGACACCCAGGCGCUGGCCGCCCUCCUGGCGUCCCUCAACACGCCCCUCCACGCCGCCGACGACGCGCUCUCCGACAGCCGCACCUACACGCUCGACGCCGUGCUCCCACGCGACAAGCACAACGCGCGCGGCUUCCAGGGCCGGCUGUACGGCGUGGGCGUCGUCCUGCGCACCGACUUCGCGCGCCGCCGCGUCGCCCGCGUGCGCCCCGUGUCCUGGGACCUCGAGGGGCGCGUCUGCGUGGUCGAGCUGAAGCCGCCACCACCACCGCCGCGGCAGCUGCAGCUGCAGCCCCAGCAACCCCUCAACAUCUACGCGGUCAACGGCACGGCCGCGCCCUACCGCGACCCGCGCGACGGCCGCCGCGUGCUGGGCACGCGCCACGAGCACAAGCGCGCCUUCCACGCCCGCCUGCGCGACGAGUGCCUCGCCCUGCAGGGCGAUGACAACGACGGCGGCGGCGGCGGCAGAGGCUUCGACGUGGUCGUGGCGGGCGACGCCAACGUCGCGCGCGGCGCGUGGGACGGAUACCCGCGCCUGCGGACAGUCCCGCGCGAGCACCAGGUCAAUCGGGCGGACUUCAACGCCGCGUUCUUUGGCGAGGAGGAUAAUCGCCGGGCGGGGGCGUACGUUCUUCCUCUUCCUGAUAAUAGGGGAGGAGGAGGAGGAGGAGAAAGGGUGGGAAGAAGAAGGUGUCUGGAUGCGGUGGACGUGUUUCGGGCGCUGCACGGCCCGGAGAGGCGGUACACGUACUAUCCCCGCUCGAGGGAGUGGGGGAGCAGCUGUGAUCGGGUGGAUAUGGUCAUGGUGUCGAGGCGGCUGUGGGAGGCCGGCCGGGUGCUGGGGACUGGCAUCCUCGAUACGCCGCAGGAGCGCGGGCUCAGCGACCAUGUGCCGCUGUGGGUGGAGAUU